AUGGCGGCAGUAGCUGCUGGCCCCGGAGCACCCCCGGAGUCCCUCUGCGGCGGUCCCGGGGCGCCCGGAGUGCCCGGGCCCCUCCACGGCCUGGCCCGGCCAGAAGCGCUGUACUACCAGGGACCUUUUCUGCCCCUGUACCCCACCCCAUCUAUGGGCUCUCCGUUUCCUCUGCUAAGCCUGCCUACCCCCCUGUACCCCAUCAUAUGCUCCAUGGAGCACCCCCUGUCGACAGACAUCGCCAUGGCCACCCGCGCAGAUGAGGAUGGAGACACGCCCCUCCACAUCGCCGUGGUGCAGGGUAACCUGCCCGUCAUCAACCGGCUGGUCAACCUCUUCCAGCACGGGGCCCGGGAGCUGGACACCUACAACAACCUGCGGCAGACUCCACUGCACCUGGCGGUGAUCACCACGCUGCCGUCCGUGGUUCGGCUGCUAGUAAUGGCUGGCGCCAGCCCCAUGGCGCUGGAUCGCCACGGGCAGACGGCGGUCCACCUGGCGUGUGAACACCGCAGCCCCACCUGCCUGCGCGCCCUGCUGGACAGCGCAGCCCCGGGCACCGUGGACUUGGAGGCCCGCAAUUACGACGGGCUCACCGCCCUGCAUGUGGCUGUGAACACCGAGUGCCACGAGGCCGUGCUGCUGCUGCUGGAGCGGGGCGCCGACAUCGACGCCAUGGACAUUAAGAGCGGCCGCUCCCCGCUCAUCCAUGCUGUGGAAAACAACAGCCUUAGCGUGGUGCAGCUGUUGCUGCAGCACGGCGCCAACGUGAACGCGCAGAUGUACUCCGGCAGCUCGGCGCUGCACUCGGCGUCCGGCCGCGGGCUCCUCCCGCUCGUGCGCACGCUGGUCCGCAGCGGCGCUGACAGCGGCCUCAAGAACUGCCACAACGACACGCCGCUCAUGGUGGCGCGCAGCCGCCGGGUCAUCGACAUCCUCAGGGGGAAGGCCACGCGGCUGGCUCCCUCGCUACCAUCUGAGUCGUUCUCCGAACGGAGCACCACCUCCCCCGAGAGCGGCAGCCGCCUCAGCUCCAAUGGUCUUCUCUCUACAUCACCAUCCUCUUCACCUUCCCAGUCUCCCCCAAAGGAUCCCUCCGGCUUCCCCAUGGUUCCCCCCAAUUUCUUCCUUCCUUCCUCAUCUCCGCCUGCCUUCCUGCCCUUUUCUGGGGUCCUCCGAGCUCCAGGCCGGCCCGUGCUCCCUUCCCCUGCUCCAGGGGGCAGCUGAGAGGGAUGGGGGGGGGCAGAUCUUGGACUCAUGAGGAGGGGUCUCAGCCCUGUGGGGUCAGCCCUCCUGGAAACUGUGAAGAUCUCACUCUGCCCCCCCCCCAACUCCCAAAUCUGUGGGACCAGGAUUUGCACAGAGGCACAUGCACCUAGCCAUAAGUCCCCUGUUUUGAAACAAGAUGUCCCCCUUCUCAUGGCCCCCACAGCCCCUCACCCAGGAUUCCGGCCCCCUUUCUUCUCAGGCACCAGGCCCCUGUCUGGAAUUCCACUCCAAUGUCCCCACUACUUCCUUGUCCUCACCCAGAGCUGGUAGGACCAGGGACAGCCACUUCCCUCUACCCAGGUGGACAAGGAGAAGAGAGGAGAGGUGGGCACUGAUUAGCCAUGUAAAUUAUUAGGUGUUUUGGUUGGAUUUCUUUUUGUAAUAAACUAUUUUUGUACCAUGUUGCCUGCUA